AUGUCGUCAGGAGCACCGUCGGGCUCAUCAAUGUCAAGUACGCCCGGAUCACCGCCACCACGUGCUGGCGGACCGAAUAGUGUUUCGUUUAAAGAUCUAUGUUGUCUCUUCUGUUGCCCACCAUUCCCCUCGUCAAUCGUCUCAAAAUUGGCAUUUAUGCCACCAGAACCGAGUUACACAAUCUCCGAAGACAAUAAAUUAGUGUUGAUUGAAGGCCGAGCAGCGUGGCCACACGAGAACAUCUUUCUGGAGACGUGCGUCGAGAUGCGCGUUGCGAGGACUCGACGACGUAAUCGUGUCGCGUGUACAAUGAUUCGAGCGAUCCCAGACGCUCAUUUCACUCUUUUAUUCUCACACGGAAAUGCUGUUGACUUGGGACAAAUGUCCUCUUUCUUGUACGGACUUGGGUAUCAUUUGCAGUGUAAUGUGUUCAGUUAUGACUAUUCGGGAUAUGGAUGCUCGACGGGCAAACCGUCGGAGAAGAAUUUGUAUGCGGAUAUUACGGCAGCGUUUGAAUUGUUGAAGACUGAAUUUGGCGUUCCAAAAGAGAAGAUCAUCCUCUACGGUCAAUCGAUCGGAACGGUUCCGAGUGUCGAUUUGGCGAGUCGUGAGGAUCUCGCCGCUCUCAUUCUCCACUCUCCACUUAUGUCCGGAAUGCGUGUCGCCUUCCCGGGAACCACGACGACUUGGUGUUGUGACGCGUUUCCAUCCAUCGAGAAGGUGCCACGUGUCAAGUGUCCAACUCUCGUAAUUCAUGGAACAGACGACGAAGUUAUUGAUUUUUCACACGGAGUCUCUAUUUAUGAGAGGUGUCCGACGUCUGUCGAGCCGCUAUGGGUUCCAGGAGCCGGUCACAACGAUGUGGAACUACACGCAGCAUAUCUGGAACGCCUUCGGAGUUUCAUCGAUUUGGAGGCGUCGGCGAUCCGAGUGACAGCUCCAAUCACCGCUGCAACGACGACCACCGCCGUCACUACUAACAAUGGCACCGCGUCAGCAUAG